AUGGAAGAACCAGGCAAAGAAGCCUAUUGCAAUGAGGAGAAAAUUCACGGCGAACUGUUUGCUCUGCAAUGCAAAUCUGUUACCCAUGAUCUAACAACGGAAGAAAUGGAGAAAAUGGCCAAGCUAGACCGGCAGCUUGACGAAGCGAUCGACCUCCACUACUCCGCCAUUACAGGGAUUGCAUCAGUCACAUCAUGGAACAACAUCGCCACCACCAAGACACAGACAGCCACUCCAUCUUUAACCAUCUCCGAUGCCACAACAGCUGUUGCACCAUAUUUCUGUGGGAUUGCCAUGUCUGGUGACUUUACGGAUAUUACGGAAACACACGUUGUUCUGCACUUGAAAAAGCAACUAUGCCCUGCCUUCCCAUUUGCUCGUGUUAGCAUCAACAUGUGUGCGGCAAGUGUCCAUGCCAAGAUCAACUUUCAAGAUUCUUCCUCAUUACCAUCCUAA